ACAUACUAUAAUACCUCCCAAAGAAGAACUCUUCUCUUUUCUUUUUCUCUUUGUAACUAUGGCUUCACAAGCCGCUCUUCUCCUCCAAAAACAACUCAAAGACCUAAACCGGCAUCCGGUCGACGGUUUCUCCGCCGGUUUAGUCGACGAAAACAACGUAUUCGAGUGGAGCAUUACAAUUAUCGGUCCACCCGAAACCCUAUUUGACGGCGGUUUUUUCAACGCUAUAAUGAUUUUUCCUCCGGAUUAUCCAAAUAACCCACCGGAAGUUAAAUUCACGACUGAAAUCUGGCAUCCUAACGUAUACUCUGACGGUCGGGUUUGUAUAUCGAUUCUUCACCCGCCCGGUGAUGAUCCGAAUUUUUAUGAACUUGCUAGUGAACGUUGGACGCCGGUUCAUACGGUUGAGAGUAUAAUGUUGAGUAUUAUAUCGAUGCUUUCGAGUCCGAACGAUGAAUCUCCGGCGAAUGUUGAUGCGGCUAAGGAAUGGAGAGAUAAUAGGGAUGAAUUUGUGAAGAAAGUUAAACGUUGUGUUAGGAGAUCACAAGAGAUGUUAUGAGGUAACUUGUUUUGCAAGGAAAAGGAAAAUAAAAAAAAAAAAAAAAAAAAAAAAAAAAAAAAAGAGAGAAAAACUAAUUUAAAUUAUUUUUUUUGUUUUUGUUUUUGUUUGUUUUAGAAGUAUUAUAUAUUUGGUAUUAAGAUUUUAUUUUAGAGAGGAAAAUUCAAACUUAUGGGGUCAUGAAUUUAUUUGGAGAAAGGUUUGAUUCCUUUUCUCCCUAAUUUUGUUGAAAAUUUGGACAAAAUUGGAUGAAUUAUGGUUUCGUUU